UAAGAUAGAAUAUCCAGACGAAAUGGCACUGAAGGUAUUUGCACUCCUCGCCCUCGUGGCCACUGCCCUCGCCCGCCCCGACAGCCCUCCUGCCUACGGCUACGCUGCUCCUGGUCCUGCUUUCGGACCAGCCAAGUACGACUUCAACUACGCCGUCAACGACCCUCCCUCCGGUAACGACUUCGGCCACCAGGAGUCUCGUGAUGGAGACUUCACUCAGGGUUCCUACUACGUCCGCCUUCCCGACGGUCGCCUGCAGACGGUCAACUACAACGUGCAAGGAGACUCCGGCUUCGUGGCUGAGGUCAGCUACGAGGGUGAGGCCCAGUACCCAACCCAACCCCGUGCCUACACACCUGCCCCUACCUAUGGCUAAAAGAUGUUGAUAAUGAUAUUUAUUGAUAGAUGACUUUUGUAAAUAAGAUGCUAAUAAAGAGCAAGAUU